UCGUAUUAUCCAGAUCGGGUUGAUGUAGUGUACAUAACUGUACUUUACAGAACAAAUGAAUACAUGGUCCUAAAGCUCUCUGGUCAUUUCACGACAUAGUCAAAUAGAGAUAUUGUCCCAUCACGAUCUAGUCCAACUGAGACCUAGUCUAAUGGCGAUUUAGUCAUAAACACUACCUAGUCAUAUUGAGAUGUGGUCUUAAAGAUCCUAACCCGUCUUUUUGACUAACAGGACAUCUUGAAGUGGUCAUUAUGAUACAAUGGACAUUUUGAUACGGUGGACAUUUUGAUAGAGUGUACUAGAUGGACCGAAAGGCAGCUAACGCUAACGACAGGAGGAAACAAUGGAGAAUACCCAAGCGAUAUUGGAGGUGCCGAAGAAGAAAAAGCAGGCGAAAGUAAGCGCCCUAAAAUUGAAGAACACUCGCCUGCGUCAACAAAAAAUUGUCAAGGAAAGUCAGCUAUUUCAAUGGUUAAAAAAUUACUGGCAAACAGGCUUGACUUUGGCGGUGAUGAGCGAAUUUAUCCAAGAUCUGAAAUCUCUGGCAAUGAACACGAGCAACAACAAAUUGUUCAAGACGACAAUGGCCCUGUCCAAGAUAAUGAAGGAGUACAUAAUGAAACACAGUUCAGGCGUGGAUUUAGCGAUGGUUUCUUACGAUCGAUUCGAAGAGUGGGCCUUAAGCGACGGAUUGUCCACGACGUUUUCGAAUGUCCAGGAGAUGGAUGUGGUCCCAGAUUUAGAAGAGAUCUACUUCUCCAGCUUCAGUCGGACUGUGAAGAAAUCCGCAGAAAAGGACAGGGACCAGCCCGGGCCUUCUUCAUCAUCGCGGAGCAUAACUCACACCUCCACGUCGUUCAUGACUGUGCCUACGGAUCCUCCACAUGCCGAUGCCGACCAAUUGAACGAAUUAAGGAAUACCGUAGAGAUGCUGGAGGAACAACUUACAAAGAAAACAAAGACACCCAAGAAAUCAUUAGCCAAGAAACGCUAUAUAGAGCCAGUUGUAGCGAGUACGAGCGCGAAAGUUGCGGCAUCGGAGGAGUCGAACGACACGGAGGAGGAGGAGGAAGAAGAGGCACCAAAGCGCAAGAAGAAAGUGUCAUUCAGGAGGAAGAGCACAAGCGACACAGAGAACGAGAGCGACCAAGAACAAGGAGCGGGCUUCAACUCCUUGCUAGACGACAUUGUGCGAGCGCAUUCAUCGACGAAGGGUACAUCGAGAAUCUCACAAUCUAUCUGUGUUCAGGAUUCAGACGAAUGCAUUACUUUGAAGUCACCGGGAGUCUAUGGAAAGUAUGUGAUGAAGUUCGAUAUCUACCCUUACAAGAGUUGUGCUCGAAACUCGAAGCAGGAUUGGUGGCGAUACGCGGAGAUGAGAUCUGUCAUGGUGAUCUCUAGAAAGGACUCACCUGUGGCAGUUCUAAUGAACAAAAUGAAGAAAGCAGUGAUAGAACAAAUAUCACAAUGCAAAGAUCUCGAAACAGAGAGAAAAUCAGUCGGCUCGAAAGGUGGUUGGAAACGUUCAUUUGCAGAAACAUAGAUUCAAGAAAGUACAGAAAAUAAAAAAGAAGAAUCUAAUCAAAGUGAAGAUUAUGAAGACGAUAUUCAAUUCUAUACAAAAUUAGGACACAUGAUGUAUUGUUGUAACAUUGAUUUAAGUUAAUAUAAAAUGCGAAUAAUUCCAGAAGCGUGGCAAUUCAUUUUGGAGACGGCUCCUGAUACGCUGGAAAUGCGUAAAUUUAGAACGUACUAUGAAAAUGAGUGGU